UCCCGUGAGGCUGUGGGGCCGCGCAAGCGCGUGGGAUUCCAUUGGCUGGGAAGGCUCCGAGCUAGGAGCCCUGAUUGGCUGAGGAGCCCGAGGCGACAGAUUCCGGAAAGGGGAAGAGCAGCCAACAUGGCGGCGGAGCGCGGCGCGGGCCAGCAACAGUCGCAGGAGAUGAUGGAGGUUGACAGGAGGGUGGAGUCCGAAGAGUCGGGCGAUGACGAAGGGAAGAAGCAGAGCAGCGGGAUCGCGGCGGACCUGAGCGAGCACAGCCUGAAGGAUGGAGAGGAGCGGGGGGAAGAGGACCCGGAAGGUACCAGGCCGAAAGGACAAGAGCUGCCUGUGGACAUGGAAACCAUUAACCUGGACAGAGAUGCAGAGGACGUUGACUUGAAUCAUUACCGCAUUGGAAAAAUUGAAGGAUUUGAGGUGCUGAAGAAAGUGAAGACUCUCUGCCUCCGUCAGAAUUUAAUUAAAUGCAUUGAGAAUCUGGAGGAGCUACAGAGUCUCCGAGAGCUGGAUCUUUACGACAACCAAAUCAAGAAGAUUGAGAACCUGGAGGCGCUGACAGAGCUGGAGAUUCUAGAUAUUUCUUUUAAUCUGCUGAGAAACAUUGAAGGAAUUGAUAAGUUGACACGACUGAAAAAGCUCUUCUUGGUCAACAACAAAAUCAAUAAAAUUGAGAACAUAAGCACCUUACACCAACUGCAGAUGCUGGAGCUGGGGUCCAACCGCAUCCGGGCAAUUGAAAAUAUUGACACAUUAACCAAUCUGGAGAGUUUGUUUUUGGGGAAAAACAAGAUCACUAAACUUCAGAACCUGGAUGCCCUCACCAACCUGACAGUCCUCAGCAUGCAGAGCAACCGGCUGACCAAGAUCGAGGGUCUGCAGAGUCUGGUGAACCUGCGGGAGCUCUACCUCAGCCACAACGGCAUCGAGGUCAUCGAGGGCCUGGACAGCAACAACAAACUCACAAUGUUGGACAUUGCAUCGAAUAGAAUCAAAAAGAUUGAAAACGUCAGCCACCUCACAGAGCUGCAGGAGUUCUGGAUGAAUGACAACCUCCUGGAGAGCUGGAGCGAUCUGGACGAGCUGAAGGGUGCCAGGAACCUGGAGACGGUGUACCUGGAGCGGAACCCCCUGCAGAGGGACCCCCAGUACCGGCGGAAGGUCAUGCUGGCCCUCCCCACCGUGCGGCAGAUCGACGCCACCUUCGUCAGGUUCUGAACCUCACCCCCCCCCGCCCCCACCCACUCUUGUCAGAAGAACCUCCAGCCACGGUUUUUUAAUCCAGCUGCUGCCCCUGAGGUUGUCACUGUAUCAGCAGCCACAAACCCAAUGGCAAUAAAAGGCACUGAGUGAAAA